GGCGUCUCGGCCGCACGCUCUGGGCACCACGCGCCGUGCGCGAACCUUCAUCUCGUCAACACCCACUGCGCGUGCGUCCGCCUCCGCCUCGAGACGGGUUUACGCCUCGCUAUCGCCCCACCGCGCAUGCGCCUCCCCUUACCCUCCGAUCCGCGCUUGGCGAAGGUUUGAAUUCCGCCGGCCCCGGCUUCUCAGAUGAGGGAUUGCGGGCUUGAGUGCACUCUGGAGGGCUCAACGAAAGUGUCCAGUGCUCCCUGACGUCCAGCGUCACCUAGGAUGUGGGGCAGCCGGAAGAGCUCGCCCAGACCCGCGCAUCUCCCCAUCUCUGGGUUCUCCCGCCAGCCUGCACGGAUUUCCUUCAGAUGCCUGCAUGGCGCAUUCCCUCACCUCCUUCAAGUCUUCGUGCGAUGGCCCCUUCUCAGUGCUUACUCCCUGACCACCCUCUCCAGACUCUCCCUCUCACCUCUCCCUGCUUUGUCUCUGUCGCGCCCCCCACCCCCCCGACAUAUAUCUUCCUUGUUCAUUUCGCUGCUGCCUAUCUUCCCCCACUGGAAGGGAAGUUCCAUGACGUCACGGAUUUCGUCUUUUGUUCAUCGCUUUAUCCCCAGCACCUAGAACUGUAGGUUUAUUGCCCAUGGUAGGGAGGCUGAAUCACCAGCACAGCUCAUGUCUGAACACUUUCCAUGACCAGUCACAGGAGGAGACAUCCUCAGUCUCACGGAAAUCUGCUGUCUCAGUGGAACUCUGCCCUCCACGCAGCCCGCAUGGAGUGUCCACGUGACUCCAGUGAGAAGGGACUCCUGGAUUCUGACCUGCCUUCCCCCUAUGGCUUCAGGCUUGGAAGGAAGUUUCAGGGCUGGGUCCUACUCUUGACCAUCUGUGCAGCUGGCAUUGGUGGGACUUUCCAGUUUGGCUACAACCUCUCCAUCAUCAAUGCCCCGACCUUGUACAUUCAGGAAUUCACCAAUGAGACGUGGCAGAUGCGCACCGGCCGGCCACUGCCUGACCACCUGGUCCUGCUGGUGUGGUCCCUCAUCGUGUCUCUGUACCCGCUGGGGGGCCUCCUUGGAGCAUUGCUUGCUGGGCCCCUGGCCAUCACACUUGGAAGGAAGAAGUCCCUGCUGGUGAAUAACAUCUUUGUGGUGGCCGCAGCAACCCUGUUUGGCUUCAGCCGCAGGGCCGGGUCCUUUGAGAUGGUCAUGCUGGGAAGGCUGCUGGUGGGAGUCAGCGCAGGUGUAAGCAUGAACGUCCAGCCCAUGUACCUGGGGGAGAGUGCUCCCAAGGAGCUCCGAGGAGCUGUGGCCAUGACCUCAGCCAUCUUCACCGCCCUGGGAAUCGUGAUGGGUCAGGUGGUCGGACUCAGGGAGCUCCUGGGUGGCCCGCAGGCCUGGCCCCUGCUGCUGGCCAGCUGCCUGGUGCCUGGGGUCCUCCAGCUGGCCUCCCUUCCCCUGCUCCCCGAGAGCCCGCGCUACCUCCUCAUUGACCGUGGAGACUCCGAGGCUUGCCUGGCAGCGCUGCAGCGGCUGCGGGGCCCCGCGGACCUGGCCGGAGAGCUGGCGGAGCUGGAGCAGGAGCGCGCCGCCUGCGGGGGCCGGCGCGCGCGGCGCCCGUGGGAGCUGUUCGGGGACCGCGCGCUGCGGAGGCAGGUGGCGAGCCUGGUGGUGCUGGGCGGGGCCAUGGAGCUGUGCGGGAACGACGCGGUGUACUCCUACGCGUCGGCGAUGUUCGUCCAGGCACGAAUCCCCCCGGAGAAGGUCCAGUACGCGGUCAUCGGGACCGGGGGCUGCGAGCUGCUGGCGACGCUGGUCAGCUGUGUGGUCAUCGAGAGAGUGGGCCGGCGGGUGCUGCUGAUGGGGGGCUACUGCCUGAUGACCUGCUGGGGGAGCGUCUUCACGGCAGCCCUGUGCCUGCAGAGCUCCUUCCCCUGGAUGCCCUACCUGGCCAUGUCCUGCAUCUUCGCCUUCAUCCUCAGCUUUGGCAUCGGCCCCGCCGGAGUGACCGGGAUCCUGGCCACCGAGCUCUUUGACCAGACAGCCAGGCCUGCUGCCUACAUGGUUUGCGGAGUGCUCAUGUGGACCAUGCUCUUCCUGGUUGGGCUGGGAUUCCCCUUCAUCAUGGAGGGCCUGUCCCACUUCCUCUACGUGCCUUUCCUCUGUGUCUGUGUCUGUGCGGCCGUCUAUACUUUCUUCUUCCUCCCGGAGACCAAAGGCAAGACCUUCCUGGAGAUCUCUGAGGAAUUGUACAGACUCAACUUCCCCGGGUGGAGCCAGAGCCCCAUGUGGAGGGGCCCGGAGGUCGUCCAGUCCACAGAGCUCUAGCCCGAGGGUGUGGCUGGGCCCAACCAGCUGCUCCUCUCUCUGGCCUCCACUCACCAGCUCCGGCAUCCCCUUGUUUCCUGAGUGCUCACUGAGCACCUGCUCUGUGCAGGCGGGGUGCUGAGCCCUCAGGGGUGACCUAGAGAGAUGGGGUCUGGGACUUGUCUAGAGGCCAUUGACAGGAAACCAAUAAACAACAUCAUGGCGAACUUGGAGAUAUGCAGUGGAAGAAAAUACAGGUUGCAAAGAGUGUAUAGACCAGGGGUUGUUGGAGAGGGGCGUGGUCAGGGAAAGAUUUUCCGAGGAAUUGAUUUUUAAAAAUCAACUUGAUUGAGGUGUAAUUUACAUAUAAUAAAAUAUAUCCAGAGUAACCAACCGUACAUUUAUUUGAUGAGUUUGACAGGUGUCCAUACCCAGGAGCUAUCACCGUAGUCAAGGUAGAACAUUCACAUUGUCCCUACAGUCCCCUUGUGCCCCUUUGCAAUCAGUAUCCCACCCCACCCCAGGCCCCAGGCAACCGUGUGUGGACCUACCUUCUAUCACUGUAGGUUCAGAAUGUGAUAUGAUUCCACACCAUAUGUGUGCAUUUCUGUCUGGCUUUGCUCCUGAUAAAGGUUUUGAGAGUCAUGCAUGUUGCUGCGUGUAUUAGCAAAUGUUCCUUUAUGUGGUUGAGUAGUAUUCUGCCAUAUGGAUAUACCAUAAUUUGUUAACCCAUUUCCCUGUUGGUGGACAUUUGGGCUGUUUCUGAUUGUUGGCCAUUAUGAAUAAAACUGCUAUGAACAUUCCCCUACAA